UCACGUUUCAACCAAUUCUCUAUCCUUUCAUGACGGUAUCUCAAAGCCCAGAAGACUACCUUCGAUCUCUUCCUUCUAUACGCGAGAGAUGCAAGCUCGUAUAUAGUAAGGGUCACAAGAAUGACUUGCACCACUUUGAUAUCCAUGAGGAUAAGCUCCCUAUUGUCGUCGAUUACGUAAAGGAUGUCAUAGCAAAGAAUUAUCCCUCCUUCGAUAAGAUACCACCUCAUUCCAGAUGGAGACACUUUGAUGCUGGUGGCCAUCGUCGCGUUCAAGCUUUGAUCGAGCAAUGGGAAAAGGAGAACGUGGAUACGGAAGAACGCUCGCGUCGUCUGGUAGAUCUAUUCCUAGUUGCAGUCCUUCUAGACGCUGGAGCUGGUAUGAAAUGGAGUUAUAAAGACCAAGAUACUGGCGAUGUUUACAGAAGAUCUGAAGGGUUAGGAGUCGCCUCAUACAAUAUGUUCAAAUCCGGUUUGUUCUCCAAUGACCCUUCCAGAUACCCGCAUCGUGUUGAUGUUGACAGAUUGCAAGAACUAAAGACGGAAGACGUUUCCAGCGGUUUUCAAGUCAGCAAAGAAAAUCCCAUGGUUGGCAUCACUGGUAGAGCAGGUCUACUGAAUCGUUUAGGAAAGGCGAUAUCAGAGCAGACGGUGUUUUUCCCAUCGUCAUCCAGUGCGGUGGCUGCUCGACCAGGAAACCUUAUUGACUAUCUUUUGAAUCAUGACACAACCAAGGGCCGCGACAGCGGCCAUCCUAUUGUUCAAGUCCCUGUGUUGUGGAGCGGUAUCAUGUCUCUCGGAGAGAUGUGGCCUGCAAGACUUAAACUCAACGGCGUCCAGCUUGGCGAUGUUUGGCCAUGUGAUGCUAUCAAGUCCGCUUCUGCACCCCCAGAUUCUACUGACCACUGGGUUCCUUUCCACAAGCUUUCGCAAUGGCUAACGUAUUCUUUGCUGGAAGCUAUUGAGCAUGGCUUAGGUGCCACUUUUGACGGGAAAGAGUAUUUGACUGGUUUACCAGAGUACAGGAAUGGCGGAUUACUUGUCGAUCUCGGCCUGUUGACUUUGAAGCCUGAUACGUACGACCGUGGAAUUACUCGCUGCAGAGAAAAGGGGGUUACUGUUGGUGGAACACAUUUACCGAUGUUUGAGGGGGGCGAUCCGGCCAUAGUUGAGUGGAGAGCACUGACGGUGAUCUACCUUGAUUUGAUUGCCGAUGAACUUCGAAAAAUUUAUAAAUUGGACAAGCAGACGUUGACAUUGGCUCAGGUUCUAGAAGGUGGCACAUGGAGUGCUGGACGCGUUAUAGCUGCGGAAAAGAGACCGUCUAGUGACCCGCCAAUCUUGAUAGAGAGCGAUGGAACUAUUUUCUAAUCGUCCCAAAAUCCACGAGAAGUGAAAGCACCAUUAUUUGACAAUAAUUGCAGCUGAGUUCUAUAGAAUGAUGAUGGCCAA